UUAGUUUGGGAUAAUAUAAAAGGGUUCGUCAUCCAUGGCGGUGACUCUGAUUCUCACACGCAUCUUAUUUCUCUGCUAAAAUCAAACCCCCCUGAAAAAACAAAAUUCCUCGAAGCACCCUCGCCGGACGUCGACCACAACUUGGCGGCGCAGAUUCAAACCGGAACCGCGGGCUGAUGGCGUUGGCGGUUGAGAUUAGAAGCUGAAGAAACGGUGCGUUUUGGUGUUGGCGGCGUAUUCGUAGAAAGGGUUUAGGAAGUGAAAAAAAAUGAACGGGAAUAGAGGAUUGAGCAGUUUGGAGAUGGAAUACAUUCGAAGGCACCAUAACCAUGAGCCUGGAGAGAAUCAGUGCAGCUCCGUUCUCGUUAAGCAUAUCAAAGCACCGCUUCAUCAGGUAUGGUCAUUGGUGAGGAGGUUUGAUCAGCCACAGAAGUACAAGCCAUUCAUCAGCAGAUGUGUUGUAAGAGGAAACCUUGAGAUUGGAAGUGUGAGGGAAGUUAAUGUUAAGUCAGGACUUCCUGCCACUACAAGCACAGAAAGAUUAGAGCUUCUUGAUGACAAUGAGCAUGUCCUCAGCAUCAGGAUUCUUGGUGGUGAUCAUAGACUUAGGAACUACUCAUCCAUCAUGUCGCUUCACCCAGAAGUUAUUGAUGGAAGGCCAGGUACACUAGUUAUUGAAUCUUUUGUGGUGGAUGUACCUGAGGGAAAUACCAAGGAUGACACAUGCUACUUUGUUGAAGCCUUAAUUAAGUGCAAUCUCAAAUCACUUGCUGAUGUAUCGGAAGGGCUUGCUGUGCAAGACUGCACUGAACCGAUUGAUCGAUGUACGAGAUGAUGAGUAGGAAGUUAUGGAGAACUUGGCUGCCAUGAAUGAAGCUUCAUGGGCUAUCCUAUACCGGAGGCUUAGGAGACAGACUGGCGAUGAUGGUGUUGCUUCCGAUUUGUUAUAGUGUAGCUAUGUUUGCUUGUUUGUUUUUCUUUUUUCUUUUUGUUUGGGCCUUUUUUUCUGUUUGCACCAUUGGUUAUGCUCCUUUUAUAUAUAUGCUGGUUCUAUGUUUAUUAGUUAAAGAACAGAAUGUUGGGGUGACUGAAUACUGUGCUUUAACAGGUUCAAAUGCUGGUGAUUCUUGGAGAA